AUGGCCCGGAGCUAUGGGCAGAAGCUAUGGUCCCGGAGCUAUGGGCCGGAGCUAUGGGCCCAGAGCUAUGGGCCGGAGCUAUGGGCCGGAGGUCUAGGCCAGAGCAACUGUAUGAGCCAAACGUUGAUGGACACUCGGGUGGCUACUGCUGAGCUAGGCUGGACUGCCUAUCCUGCAUCUGGGUGGGAGGAGGUGAGCGGCUACGACGAGAACCUCAACACCAUCCGGACCUACCAGGUGUGCAACGUGUUCGAGCCCAGCCAGAACAACUGGCUCCUCACCACCUUCAUCGACCGACGUGGAGCUCAGAGGAUCUACGUGGAGAUGCGCUUCACCGUGCGUGACUGCAGCUCCAUCCCCAACGUCCCCGGCUCCUGUAAGGAGACCUUCAAUCUCUACUACUACGAGACGGACUCGGUUAUCGCCACUAAAGGAACGGCCUUCUGGAUGGAAGCCCCUUACCUAAAGGUGGACACCAUCGCGGCCGAUGAGAGCUUCUCCCAGGUGGACUUCGGCGGACGAUUGAUGAAGGUCAACACAGAGGUUCGGAGCUUUGGCCCGCUGUCGAAGAAUGGGUUCUACCUGGCAUUUCAGGACUAUGGUGCCUGUAUGUCGCUACUCUCAGUCAGAGUGUUUUAUAAGAAGUGCCCCAGUGUGGUGCAGAACUUUGCCAUCUUCCCUGAGACCAUGACGGGGGCGGAGAGCACCUCCCUGGUCAUCGCUAGAGGGAUCUGCAUCCCGAAUUCGGAGGAGGUGGACGUGCCAAUAAAGCUGUACUGCAAUGGAGAUGGGGAGUGGAUGGUUCCUAUCGGGAGCUGCACCUGCAAAGCUGGGUUCGAGACAGAUAACGGGAAUGUCUGCCGAGGUAAGGAAACAACAAAGGAAUGUUCCCAAGAACUGAAAUGGCCGGCAACCAUCAGGCUGCCCAAUAGCUUCUACCACCAGACCAUCAGGCUGCCCAAUAGCUUCUACCACCAGACCAUCAGGCUGCCCAAUAGCUUCUACCACCAGACCAUCAGGCUGCCCAAUAGCUUCUACCACCAGACCAUCAGGCUGCCCAAUAGCUUCUACCACCAGACCAUCAGGCUGCCCAAUAGCUUCUACCGCCAGACCAUCAGACUGCCCAAUAGCUUCUACCCCCAGACUAUCAGGCUGCCCAAUAGCUUCUACCCCCAGACCAUCAGACUGCCCAAUAGCUUCUACCACCAGACCAUCAGGCUGCCCAAUAGCUUCUACCACCAGACCAUCAGGCUGCCCAAUAGCUUCCACCCCCAGACCAUCAGGCUGCCCAAUAGCUUCUACCACCAGACCAUCAGACUGCCCAAUAGCUUCUACCACCAGACCAUCAGUGCCUACCCCCCAUCAGCCCCCAUGCCUCUCACACCCACAUGCCGAGGAGGCCCCAGAUAG